AUCUGACAGCAGCAGCAGGCUGCCCCUGACAAGCUCGGAGAGCCAGCCUCGAUUUCCGUGCCGGGGCCGCGGGGAAAGACCGACCAACUCCCGGAGAGACUCCUUACUUCUUUUGAUAUGCCAGGGAGAAAUCAGGAGCAAGAAGCCGUGAUGUUUACUCCCCACCGGAAAGGGUGGUCGGCGCCUGCUGCAGCGACCCACCGGGGCCCCUUGGCAAGGCUCGUGCAGGAGGUUCUCCCCAAUCUUUGCUUUUUUAUCAGUUGACAGAAUCUGAUUAUGGGCUACGUUUUAUUACUCGCUUCUACUUCUAUUUCGAAUUAUUUCAAACUAGGAUUCUCAUUCUCAAUUAAGACCAACUAUGCGAUAAUACUGUCCUGCAGUGUUCUUUUUUCUAGGAUUCUCAAGUAAGACCAGCUAUGCAAUACUACUGCCCUGUAGAGUUUUUUUUAUCGCAUGCCGUCAGUUAGUGUGUGAAAAGUAAAAUUAACAACAUUUAAAUCAGUACCGCCUUGAAGCCUUUGAUUUAAUCAAACAAGCAUUUCAAAUGUUUCGGUUUUUGCCAUUGCUGUUGUCAUGACUGGAUUUACUAAAGGCUGCAGCUCUGCUUUUUAUUAAACCAACGUGGUUUACUCUUUGCUCGUUCUCAAACAAUCAAAUGUUCGUGUGUCCCAUGCAAGGACUCAUUUUUUUUCCGCAGCUUUGACCAAACUAUAAAGUAAAGCACUGCAGAUUGGAGAUUGGCCCUUCUUAUGGAGUACUACUUUGCACAUUUCUCAGUCAUGUCAGUGGUCAUUAUAUCUGGGUUCUCCGUUGUAGAAAGAAUUGUGAGCUGUAGGUGGUGCUUUCUGCCAUUUUAAAAUAAUAGACAUGCAUUUAGUUAUGCAAAGGUGAAAGACCUUACCUGUAACUUGUGGUUUCUGUUUCCUGUACUUCGUCUAAUUUGGAUUUUCCCCUGAUCACAGUGUUUCAACAAUUAACCUUUCUUUUCACACUUCCAUCAUUUCCAUGGCAGUUGCAAUUAUUUAAAGGACCGUGGCAGCACGGAGAGUAGGCGUGUGUUUGGGGAGCUGUCCCCCUUGUGGUAGCGCAAUCUUUGCCAUCUUGGCACUCUUCUAUAUGAUUGAUACACCUUUCCAGGGUGUAUUCUUGAAAAAAAAAGGUUGUUUUUGUGUUUUUUUGUUGCAGUUACAUGAAUAUCCAUACAACAUGGGGUUGCGUUUGCUUGAGAAAAAUAGUGGGCACCCAAGCUUGAUGAAGUGAGCAAAGUACUGACGCAAAAAGAGGAGAUUGUAAAGCGUGAACAGGCUGCAUACUUGAAUGCUAUAUAAAAUAUGAAAGGCGAGAAGAAAGCAUGCGGAAAGCGCUGGGUGUUGUGAAACAAUGCCAAAUUAGUAAUCAUGCUCUGCAAAGGUGUCUAGGGCCUCAGUCUGGUAGGUAAAGAACUGUAAUGGUAAUACAUGCCUGGGCUUCCAUUUUACCCACAAGCAAAGCAGGCACGUAUUGCUAACACCAUUCUGCACAGCCCCUGUGUUCCAAUGGCAGAGGUGGUGGGCGGGUGGCCACCAUGGCAAUCCGGAGAGAAAAAAAUUGCCACUUCAAAUAUGCUUGGUGCGCCCAUAUGUCAGUAGAGCAAUACAGCCCUCCAAUUUGAUGACCCCAUCAUGCAUGUUCCUUCUUCUUUUCCCAAAGAAAAGCAUCCUCUUUUCUUUUCCAAAGAACAAAUUCCUUCUUUUUGCGGGGAAAAGAACAAAUUCCUUCCCCACAGGCCACAUAAUACGUCUCCUCUGAAAUCCCUAAUGGCUGCUGCGGCCUGAAUCCUAUUCCUACCCAUCCACAAGCUUCAUUGCUUCAAGAUAUCCUAGAAACCUCGCAGCUCCAACGCUCAUGCACACACCCACGCCCGGCGCCUCCACAGUUUCACCAGAGUCACUGCCCGCUCCUGCGUUUCCUAGCUGGCGCCAGCCAGGUUCUAGGGCUGCUGCUGCGUACAUAGCUCGAGCUGGUCGUCGUCCACGUGCUGGUGAGGACCCUGUCUUCCUUGCCGUCGCUCAGGGUCGAGCUCGUCAAGGCACCCUGCUGUCCCAGCCACAAGAUUGUACAGUAUUAUGAGUUGCGGCCCCCUCUAGGACCGCGGGCUGCUGCAACGUUGGACCUGCCAUCCACGUGCCGGUGAGGACCUUGGUGCUUUGCUGGACCUGUGGGUGCUCAGACACAAGCUCGUGAAGUGCACUUGGGUUGUGCGUGAUCGUUCCAAUGGCGGAGAUAGUGGUUUCCAUGGCCAUCGGGCCGCUGGUGUCCAUGCUGAGGGACAAGGCGUCCAACUACCUCCUGGACCAGUACAACGUGAUGGAGGGAAUGGAGGAGCAGCACAAGAUUCUCAAACGCAAGCUUCCGGCCAUCCUCGACAUCAUCACUUAUGCCGAGGAGCAAGCGACGGCACACAUGGAAGGUGCCAAAGCCUGGCUCCAGGAGCUCAAGACAGUGGCCUAUGAGGCAAACGAAGUGUUUGACGAGUUCAAGUACGAAGCACUCCGCCGUGAAGCCAAGAGUAAUGGGCACUACAGAAAGCUUGGCUUUGAUGUAAUUAAACUCUUCCCUACUCACAACCGUGUUGAGUUUCGUCGCAGAAUGGGUAUCAAGCUUUGCAGAAUUCUGCGGGACAUUGAGGCCCUCAUAUCAGAUAUGCAGGCCUUUGGGUUCAAGUACCAACCACAACCACAGUCGUCGGUGUCCAAGCAGUGGAGGCACACAGAUUAUGUUAUCAUCGACCCACGGGAAAUUGCGUUGAGAUCCAGAGACAAAGAGAAGAAGAAUAUUGUUGAUAUACUACUUGGUCAAGCUAGCAAUCCAGAUCUCGUAGUUGUUCCCAUAGUUGGAAUUGGGGGCAUUGGCAAGACCACAUUAGCUCAGCUCAUAUACAAUGAACCUCAAGUCCAAAAGCAUUUCCAGUUGCUUCUCUGGAUCUGUGUUUCUGACACCUUUGAUGUGAACUCCCUGGCUAAGAGUAUAGUUGAAGCAUCUCCGAAGAAGAGUGAUGACAUAUACAAACCACCACUGGAUAGGCUUCAAAAAUUGGUCAGCGGACAGAGGUAUCUCCUUGUCAUGGAUGAUGUCUGGAACCAAGAUGUCUAUAAGUGGGAAAGGCUGAAGGGGUCUCUUCAGCAUGGUGGAAGUGGCAGUGUAGUGUUAACAACAACUCGUAAUAAACAAGUUGCUGACAUAAUGGCUCCAGACAAAGUAUGCAACCUCGAUGUUUUGGAGGAUAGAUUCAUCAAGGAAAUUAUUGAGGCUAAAGCAUUCAGUUCGAAGAAAGAAAAGCCUGACAUGCUAGUUAAGAUGGUUGAUGAGAUUGCCAAGAGAUGUUCUGGCUCUCCUUUAGCUGCAACUGCGCUAGGCUCUGUACUUCGUACCAAAACCAGCGUGGAAGAAUGGAAGGCUAUAUCAUCUAGAAGCAGCAUCUGCAGCGAGGAAACUGGAAUUUUGCCAAUACUAAAGCUCAGUUACAAUGACUUGCCAUCACACAUGAAACAGUGCUUUGCUUUAUGUGCUGUAUUUCCCAAGGAUUACGCUAUUGAUGUGGCAAAGCUAAUCCAGCUAUGGAUUGCAAAUGGCUUUAUCCCAGAACACAAGGAAGAUAGUCUUGAAACUACUGGAAAGCAUAUUUUCAAUGAGCUAGCCUCAAGGUCAUUCUUUCUAGACAUAGAGGAAUCUAAAGACUACUGGGGACUAUAUUCCAGAACGAUAUGCAAAAUCCAUGAUAUGAUGCAUGAUAUUGCAAUGUUUGUUAUGGAAGAGGAAUGUGUUGCUGCAAAUAGUAAACCAAGUGAAACCAACUGGCUUCCAGAUAGUGUUCGGCAUUUGUUUUUAUCAUGUGAAGAAACUGAAGGUAUAUUAAAUGAUUCUAUGAAGAAAAGAUCCCCUGCUAUCCAAACACUGCUAUGCAAUAUGUAUAUGAAAACCCCAUUGCAACAUCUAUCGAAAUACAGCUCUUUGCAUGCCUUGAAGCUCUGUAUAGAGGCAGAAUCAUUUCUACUGAAAGCAAAGUAUCUCCAUCACCUGAGGUACCUUGAUCUCUCAAAUAGUAAUAUCAAAGCACUCCCUGAAGAUAUAACUAUUCUAUAUAACCUGAAAAUGUUGGACCUUUCCUACUGCUCUCAUCUCCAUCGACUUCCAAGGCAAAUGAAGUAUAUGAUUUCCCUCCGUCACCUCUACACUCAUGGAUGUCCAAAGUUGAAGAGCAUGCCUCCGGAACUCGGAAAACUCACUAAGCUGCAAACGCUUACAUGCUUUGUAGCAGCCGUUACUAGGCCUGAUUGCAGUGAUGUUGCAGAGCUGGAGCAGUUAAACCUUUGUGGUCAGCUAGAGCUACGCCAGGUAGAGAAUGUUAUAGAAGCAGAGGCAAAAGUGACAAAGCUUGGAAACCAGAAGGAUCUCAGAGAACUGGUAUUAACAUGGACGUCUGUUCGUGACAGCGAGGUGCUCAGCAAUUUUGAACCUCAUGAUGGGCUACGGGUUCUGAGGAUAUAUUCCUAUGGAGGGAAGUGCAUGGGUAUGUUGCAGAACAUGGUUGAGAUCCAUCUUUUUAGUUGUGAAAGAUUGCAAGUUUUGUUCAGAUGUGGUACAUCCUUCACUUUUCCAAGACUGAAGGAGCUUACACUAGACCAUCUGUUGGAUUUUGAGAGAUGGUGGGAAGUAAAUGAGAGGCAAGAAGGGCAGACAAUAUUUCCUGUGCUUGAGAAGUUGUUUAUUAGGUAUUGUGGAAAGCUGGUAGCAUUACCUGAGGCACCAUUGGUUCAAGAACCAUGUAGUGGAUUUGGUUAUAGAUUGUUACACCCGGUGUUCCCUGCCCUGAAGGUACUCGAAAUGAAAGAAUUGGAGAGCUUUCAGAGAUGGCAUGCUGUGGUCAAAGGAAAACAGAUAUUGUUUCCUCAACUCGAGGAGCUAUCGAUUCACAAAUGCCCAAAACUGAUAGAUUUACCUAAAGCACCAAAACUCAGCAUGUUAGAAAUUGAACAUGGCCAGCCAGAGAUCUUCCAUUGGGUAGUCAUAUAUUUGUGUUCGCUGACCAAACUGACACUGAAGCUGGAAAUCACAGAAACAACAUUAGAGACUAGGUACACUUUAAUUGAACCAGUGGACAUGAAGGAGAAAUGGAACCAGGAAUCCAAUAUUACAGUUAUGAAGUUAGGAUGUUGCAACUCAUUCUUUGGAUCAGCUGCACUAGAGCUGUGGGACUAUUUUGUACAUCUUAAAGAUUUGGAAAUUGAUAGAUGUGGUGUGCUCAUCCACUGGCCAGAGAAGGUGUUCGAAAGCUUAGUCUCCUUGAGGAGCUUAAAAAUUAGAAGGUGCAAAAAUCUGUCUGGAUACGCACAAGCUCCUCUUCAGCCAUCAGCAUCCCAAAGGAGUCAUCACCUUCGAGGUCUAGACUCUCUUGACAUAUAUGAUUGUGCAAGUUUGGUAGAGAUGUUCAACAUCCCAAAAUUUCUCAAGGAAAUGACUAUUGGUAAGUGCCAUAAGCUUGAGUCCAUAUUUGGCAAGCAGCAGGGCAUGCCAGAGUUAGUUCAUGAGCCUUCUUGCAGCGAGGCAAUCCCACCUACAGUUCUAUCGGAGUUGUCAUCAUCACCCAUGAAUCACUUUUGUCCAUACCUAGAAUCUCUACGUUUAAUUGAAUGUGAUAGUUUAUCAUCAGGGGUUCUACAUCUUCCACCGUCCUUGAAGAGCAUACUUAUUGGUAGAUGUAGUAAUAUUCGAAUCCUUUCUUGCCAGCUGGAUGAGCUCCCAAAACCACGGGUCACUGCUUCCUUGAAUGUACCAAAACCAUCAACAACAGCAAAAGAGCAUUCACUUCCUCCUUGUCUCGUAGAUUUAUAUAUAUCGGACAUGAGCAUGUUGGGGGGUAUUCUCUGUCUGCCUACCUCUGUCAAGUACCUGCAAAUUGAGGGCAGUGUGUUUACCUCGCUGGAGUCUCUGUCAGGAUCGUUGGUAAACGUUGGGCUUAUUGGCUGCAGUACCCUGGCAUCCAUACCGAAAGAAUAUGGGUCUCUCGAAAGGCUUUGUAUUAAAGACUGCCCUGCUAUAAAGAAGCUCCCUAGAUGCCUGCGGCAGCAACUGGACAGCAUCGACAUAAAAUAUCUCGAUGCUCAUCUUGAAGUAAUGGCACUUAAACCAAAGACAUGGAAGGAAAUACCAAGACUAGUUCGUGAGCGGAGAAAUGCUGGAACACCCAAGCCACUCCCGCUCUGGUAUUAGCUACUCCUGGUAGUCUAUGGAGAUGAGCUUCCGGAGAAGACACAUCUUGUUAGUACCUGCGUAGUUGAUCAACACCUUUUAAACCUUGGGCCAGGAUGUCACAAAUGCCAACAGCAAUUGAAGGUUAUUUAGCUUUUGUUCCAUGGAAAACCUCAGAAAGGACAGGAAGCUCAUGUUGUUCAUAUAGGAGAAUAGCAUGGUCUACAUAGGAGGAGUCUUUCAAGCAUGGCAUAUUUUGUGCAACUACAAAUGUGUUGUACGACAAUUGUUUUGACAGAAAUAAAUAUUGAGAAAUGGGACAUGGUAACAAUGGAUCCUCGGAAAUAUUCGGCUGCAAGCGAAGGCGCACCAAACGUAUCAGACAUUCAGACCUUGGCA